AAAGCACAUGAGUGCGCAGCCAAGAAAGUAACGGUUUGUUAAGGGAAUGGUGCUACGCCUGGAUCUUGUGUGCAUAGACCUGGCUCCUCCGUGGCUUCUGGGGAUGGGCUACAUAGGGGAAUGUUGCUGGGUGGGCCAGGGUAAGGAAGGGGUAGCUGAUCAUUGCAUCUGGUCCUCACGUCAGCCAUGGCUCCAUUCUGUCUGGUUUUGCAAGGAUUUGGUGGGUGGGAUCGGUCCAUUUUCUUGGGUCCGGAGCUGAAAUACAACUGAGGCCUAGAUGUUAUCUUCCUCUGUGGUCACUAGACCUGAGGCUUGGUUCCUAAGAUUAUUUGAUGCCGACCAGAACCUCAUUGUCCUGAAGGCUUAGUGAUGAAGGGAGUGGACCAGCAAGGGAGAGGUGAAAGUCAGGGAGUGGGAUGAGGCCGAUUUGAUCACAAGGAAAGAAAGGAGAGAAGGUCAUAUGAAAGAAAUGAAGUGUUUGCGCAAUUUCACACUUCCCUAAGUUGAGCAGGAAGGAGGUGUCUUGCCCCCCUCCAACCCCCUUCCUCCCCAGUACGAGAACAAAGGAAGAGGAUUGUGUUCUCAUUUCCUGUGCAUUCAUUUGGGAGCCAGGCGUGUAACUGAGGCCCAACCCGUGGGGGAUUCGUUAGAGCCCUCCACCUCCCUGGACCCUAGCUGGGUUCCCCACUCUGGACCUCCAGGGCCACAGGACAUCCCCCCUGCCCUUCCCCAAGCCUGGGCAAGGUGCCGCCCCAGACGGACUUCUGCAAUCUUAACAGCUGUGGCUGUGCUUCCGGGUGGCCCCGCCUGCCCCCCUCUGACCUGCCCAGUGCCACAUUAAGGCGCUGCCCUCCACAGGCUGGCCAUCAUGGUGCCUUUGGGGCCACUGCCCAGGGCCUGCUGGACUCCGCUCAUCUCUCUGCUUCUGGUCUGCUGCCUGCUGCCUCCAGGUGCCCAGGGGCAGGCGUUCCGGCUUCGGGUGGAGCCCCAGAACCCGGUGGUGCCUGCUGGAGGGUCCCUCUUGGUAAACUGCAGUACAGACUGCCCCCAACCUGAACUCAUCAGCCUGGAGACAUCCCUGUUCAAGGAGGAAGCGGGUGAAGGCCUGGGCUGGAGGGCCUACUGGCUCAGCAACGUGACCAGUGACAGUGAGAUCUUCUGCUCCGGCAUCUGCAACGGCUCGCAGAUGUUAGACUCCUCUGACAUCACCGUGUACCAGUUUCCGGAGCAUGUGGAGCUGGCACCCCUGCCCCCAUGGAAUCCUGUGGGCAAAAACCUCACCUUGCGCUGCAGGGUGGCAGGCGGGGCACCCCGGGCCAAACUCUCCGUGUUGCUGCUCCGCGGGGAGGAGGUGCUGAGCCAGCAGCUGGCGGUUGAAGAAGUCACCACCACGGUGCUAGCCAGCAGAAAUGAUCAUGGUGCCAAUUUCUCUUGCCGCUGGGAACUGGACCUGCGGUCCCAAGGGCUGGGUCUGUUCCAGAACAGCUCAGUCCCCAGGCAGCUCCGAACCUUCGUCCUGCCAGUGACGCCUCCGCAUCUCUUCGUUCCCCGGCUCUUGGAGGUGGGAACAUCCCAGGCCGUGACCUGCACCCUGGACGGGCUGUUUCCGGCCUCAGAGGCCCAGGUCCAACUGGCGCUGGGGGACCAGAUGCUGAAUGCCACAGUAAAGCGCUACGGUGACAUGCUGACGGCCACGGCCACAGCCACAGCCACCGCGGAGCUGGAGGGGGCUCAGGAGAUUGUCUGCAAUGUGACCCUGGGAGGCGAGAGCCAGGAGACUCAGGAGAAUUUGACCAUCUAUAGCUUCUGGGGGCCCGUCUUGAACCUGAGCCAGCCCACCGUCCGUCAGGGGACCAUAGUGAAUGUGACUUGCGCUGCUGGAGCCCGAGUCCAGGUCACGUUGGACGGAGGUCCUGCUGCAGGCCCGGGACAGCUCGCGCUGCUUCAGCUGAACGCCACUGAGAGGGACGACAGGCGCAGCUUCUUCUGCAGUGCGGCCCUCGAGGUGGAUGGGGUGGUCUUGCACAAGAACAGGAGCGUCCAGCUGCGUGUACUGUAUGGUCCCAAGAUUGACCCAGCCAAAUGUCCUCAGCACUUGAUGUGGAAAGAAAAAACGACCCAAAUCCUUCAGUGCCAAGCCCAGGGCAACCCAGAUCCCCAGCUGCAGUGUUUGCACGAAGGCUCCAUGGCCCAGGUCCCCAUCGGGAUCCCAUUCCGUGUCAGGUUAAACUACAGUGGUACCUACUACUGCCGGGCGGCCAGCUCACAGGGCGUACACAGUGUCACUGUGGUGAUGAAUGUUCAAGAGCGGAACCCCAUCACCAUUACCAUCGUCAUAGCAGUGUUGACCGUCCUGGGCUUUAUGGCUGCCAUCCCGGCCUCAAUUUACGCCUUUGGGGUGCACAAGCGUAGAGACAUCUACCAUGUGAAUCAGGGAAACGCUGGGUUUCCCCUCACGUCUAAAACGGCUGAGGAGCCUCUGGGGGAACCACCAUCUUGAGCUCCAGCCAAACACUG